AUGGGCUACAGUGAUCCCCUUACUGAAUACCAGCUCGUCUGCAUGGAGAGGUUUGUAAAGGAUAUUACCUGGUUCUAUGUUGCGCACUCUGCUUACACAAGUCUCUUAGAAACUACCCUGGAAACAUGUGAUAUCACAUUUCCUAUCACAUCGUUUAACACCACUCCGAUUGAUUUUAAGGUCAUUCUCUCGUCGCUAUCUGAGCUUCAGUCUGAACAGGGAAAAGCGCGCGUAGAAAGGCUGUUCUUGAUGGAAGGGGGAGAGCAUGUUGCUGUAGUAUUGCUUUUGGACGGCGAGGAUUCGAUCUUGAGCUUUUCGAAUCUCCAAGCUGAGUAUGUGAUUCAGGCUUGUGUUAUCACUGAUACCCAUACUGACAAGUCGUACCCCCCAAGAUGGCUAUGUUGGGGUUAUGCUAUGCCAAUGAUCCCUAUCACUACCAUCAAAGCAGUACCUGACUGUCUUGAGUCACUCCAACGAGACUGCGACUACAAGCAGGCCCCGCUGAAUACCGACAUAGGCAUGGUUAAUCGAGACCUGGUGCGUUGGUGUGUUAGCGGGAAGCCGCUGUUGAAAGACCAAAUUAAUAUCCUAACUGGUAUCACGUCCGGGUUCCAAGACCUUGCCGACCUCUCUAUUCUCCCAAGCGGACAGGCUGCCAUUCGCGAAUACUUGGGCGACGAUGAUGGUGGCCGGCUUGUAUCAUUUCUUAUCAAGGGCUCUUCUGAUAUCCAAGGUCAAAGCUGA